AUCGAUACUAGAUUUUCCUGUGAAAUUAUUAUGUCAAUACGUCAAGCAUAAACCCUUAAAGGUAAGGGCCUCUAAUUGUAAACAGGCUGAAAUGGGCAAGAAGCCUAAUUGCUUUAUCAAGACCUUUUUCAUUACUGCAAUUCAACUGCUUUUUUUAGUUAAAAAGCAGCCCCUUUUACUGCACCUAUUGCAUGGCAUCGAACAAACCAUACUCCAAUAAUUCUGUUAAAAACAAAAUUUUUAUGUUGCUUCCCAGCCAAUACGUGGUUGGGUAAGAGUAGAUUACCAACCUAUGAAGCUUUCCUUUCUGCUUCUUUAUCACCCACUUUCAUCCCACUCCCGAAAGUACAGAACAAAAGCAACAAAAAGCAGAGCUUUCUCUUCUCUAUAUAAACGAUCUCAAGGGCUUCUGCAUAUCCUCAUGCUAAGCCCUGCCCUUACAUUCUUCAGUUCUUGGAUCCAAAUCACGGUUCUCUUCUUCUGUUAAGUCUGUUAGUUGUGUUUUUCAAUCUUUCAAAAUUUCAAACAUGAAGAACAAAGCUUUCUUCAUCUUGAAGUUGAAGAGGAUGGUUUCAUUGCUGAGCUGCAUUGCAAAGGCCAGGACCAUGGCUAUCAAGAGCAAAACCAGCGCAAUCAAGGCUCGUUUGAUCAUGUUUUCUUUGGUGAAGUGCAAAAAGGUUUUGUUGAGUUCAAUAUCUAACAAAAUUCAUAACAUUCUUGGCCAGAGCGAAAGGGAGAGCCAAGAUGACAAUGAGGACCAAAGCAAGGCUAUUGUUCUUUACAAUAAUGCCUUGGCCGAAGAAUCGCAUUCGAGUUGCAUCCAGUUAGCAGACGAGAUCGAUGAUGUUAAUGAUGAUGAUAAGUACCCUGACCUCACGCACUCGCUAUUUGAUGAAGAAGAUUUCAAUGACCCAGGAGGUUCCAUCAUCGAUUUGGUGAAGAAUUCCAAAGAGGAAGGAGAAGAUUUCAGCUUGGAAGAUGAAAUUGAUCAUGUUGCGGACUUGUUCAUUAUGAGAUUUCACAAGCAGAUACGUUUGCAGAAGCUGGAAUCAUUCAAGAGGUUUCAAGAGAUGCUUGAAAGAAGCCUUUAAUUGCUGCAAUUUUUUUUUUUUUUUUUUGUGAGCUACCGAUCAGUCAUUUUCUGCUCGCAGUGGACGGUGAAUUCUCUGCAAAUAAAAUGCAAAGAUUGGGCCGGAUUUCUCUGCUACUUUUGAAUGGAGGAUCCAAUUUCCAUAACGGGCCCUUUGAAUCCUCACUGUUAAGCAAGAUGCAUGUACAUCAGGUGAAAAAAACCAGUGUAAUAAAAUUAAGUCCGAUUGCAGUA